UUGAUCUAUCGUUUCAACAUCGACCCCUAAUCGCUAUUUCAUCGAUAUCUAACACGAUCAGCACAAUGGGUAUUGCAGAGGAACAAUCCAAGGCAUCAGCCGCCUUGGCCAGCUCCAAAACAACAAGCUCAUCUCGAGACAGUGCCUCUACCGCUCCGGCUCAGCGACAAGCUGGUAAGAUCGACGUCCUGAUCCAGGGCGUCGCACUGUUCUCGGACGGCUACAACAUCCAAAUCAUCGGAUAUAUGAACACAGUGCUAGCCAAGCUUUAUCCAAAGCAAAUGACGACCCAAGUCAAGACGCGACUAUCCAAUUCCAUUCUCAUUGGCGACAUCUUUGGUAUGCUGCUGUUUGGCCUUUGCAUUGAUCGUUUCGGCCGCCGCGUUGGUAUCAUUCUGACAACUUUAUUUCUCGUUUUCGGAAUCAUCCUCGCAACGGCCUCGCACGGCGCGACUGUCGAGGGUAUGUUUUGGAUGAUGGUUACCGGGCGUGGCGUGGCCGGUGUGGGUGCUGGAGGAGAGUACACUGUAUGUACAAGUCAAGCGCUGGAAUGCGCUGACAGCACCCCGGAGAUGCGCAGACGCCGCGGUAUGCUCGUAGCAGUUUCGACAAAUGCAGCCAUCAUAUCUGGUUUCGUCGGCUCCAGCAUUGUAUCUCUCAUCGUCAUCGCAGCAUAUGGUGGCAAGCCUAGCGAUGGCAUCUGGCGCAUCUGCUUCGGUAUCGGCAUUAUCUUACCUCUAGCCAUCUUCUUUUUCCGCAUGCGGUUGAACGACUCAGAACAGUAUCGAAAACACGCUAUACACAGUAAGAUGCCAUACUGGCUCGCCAUCAAAUUCUACUGGCGUCCCUUACUCGGUUGCUGCUCCGCCUGGUUCCUCUACGACUUUGUUGUCUACCCAUUCAACCUAUUAGCGCCCACCCUCGUAUCCGGCUUUUCCAAAGACCAAUCCAUGAUCUCGAGCAUUGGAUGGAGCGCCCUCGUCAACUUCUUCGCGCUCCCUGGCUCCUUCAUCGGCGCUCUUCUGAUGGACCGUAUCGGGCGACGGCAAACUUAUGCGUUGGGUUGGUCUAUAGUGUGUGACUUUGGCUUCGCGAUCGGCGGCUCCAUGAUCCAGCUCAAGAAUAUCUUCCCCCUGUUUGUUGUUUUGUACGCGCUCUUUCAGACGUUCCUCUCUGUUGGUCCUGGUGACUGCAACUUCCUAGUCUCCUCCGAGUCGUUUCCGACGCCCCUUCGUGGUCACUUCUUGGGUUUUGCCGCAGCUAUUGGAAAAGUGGGUGCUGCGAUUGGCACAACGACCUUGAGUGAGGCUUUAGCGUCAUUCGAUAAUCCGACCAAGGGUCAGCAAGCUAUCUUUCUGAUUGGCAGUGCUAUAUCUGUUGUUGGGACUCUCUGUGUGUGGUUUCUCAUCCCAGAUGCUCCUGUUAAUCUUGAGGACGAGGACGUCAGGUUUAGGAAUUACCUCGAAGCUAAUGGGUACGAUACCAAGGAGAUGGGGUUAAGCGCUAGCAAUACGUAA